UAAACAAAACUCAAGGUCAUGUGGGUUGAGUUAUAUUCUGAGUUCAGCAAAAGUGAAAGUGAAAACAUCCGUGAGAGACUGAGUCUGUAAAAUGGAGGCUAAAGCUUUGAUUCCUGAGUGCGAGCUCUGUUGCUCUGUAUGUUGUGAUAUUUUUAAAGAGCCUGUUGUACUGAAAUGCAGCCACAGCUUUUGCAGAGAGUGUGUGCAGCGCUACUGGGAAGAGAAGCGCUCUCGAGAGUGUCCCAUCUGCAGGACCAAGGCCUCUAUGAAGGAUCCUCCAGUAAACCGGGCAUUAAGAAGCAUUGUGGAGUCCUACUUAAAGCAGAAGACUGAGAGUGAAGCAGAUAAAAGUGAAGCUGUGGAGAAGACUGGAGUUUGCUGCAGUCUUCAUGGAGAGAAAAUACUGUUGUUCUGUGAGGAGGAUCAGGACCCUCUGUGUGUCGUGUGUCUGACUUCCAAAAAACACAGAAACCACCAGGUUUGUCUAGUGGAAGAGGCAGUACUGGAUCUGAAGGAGGAACUCAAGCCUGCUCUUAAUCUUAUUGAAGAAAAACUGAAGAUAUUUUCUAAGGUUGAACAAGAAUGUAAAAAAACAGCAGAACAUAUCAGGAAUCAGGCCCAGCACACAGAGAGGCAGAUAAAGGCAGAGUUUGAGAAGCUCCACCAGUUCUUGCGAGAGGAAGAGGAGGCCAGACUGGCUGCAUUGAAAGAGGAAGAGAAGAAGAAGAGUCGGAUAAUGAAUGAGGAGAUAGAAAACAUCACAGGACACAUCUCCACUCUUACUGAGAAAAUCACAGCUAUAGAGCAGGCCAUGGGCACUGAAGAUACCUCAUUUUUAAAGAACUACAAGGACAUAAAGAUGAGAGCCCAGUGCACACUGCAGGAUCCAGAGCUGCUCUCAGGGGCACUGAUAGAUGUGGCCAAACACCUGGGCAACCUGAAGUUCAGAGUCUGGGAGAAGAUGCUGGGGGUGGUGCAGUACACUCCUGUGAUGCUGGACCCCAACACUGCACAUGUCUCUCUCUCUCUCUCUGAUGAUCUGACCACUGUGAGAGAUACAGAUACAGGCCACGAAUAUCCUGACAAUCCAGAGAGGUUUAACUCCUCUGUGAAUGUGCUGGGAUCUGAGGGGUUUAUCUCAGGGAAACACAGCUGGGAGGUGAAGGUUGGGAAUAAAUCUGAUUGGACUAUAGGAGUGGUGAAAGAGUCCAUCAGUAGGAAGGGUGAUAUAACAUGCAGCCCAGGGAGGGGAUUUUGGGUCUUAAUGCUGAGGAAUGGUGAUGAGUACAGAGCUGCUGGAGUUGCUGACCUCACACUGAAGAGGAAACCCCAGAGCAUCAGAGUGCAGCUGGACUAUGACAGGGGGGAGGUGUCCUUCUUCGACCCCAGUGACAUGUCACUCAUUUACACUUUUAAAGACACAUUUACUGAGAAAAUGUUCCCGUACUUCUCUCCCUGUUUGAACGAUGAUGGGAGAAACAAUGAGCCCCUGCAAAUAUGCCCAGUGAAAGUUUCCAUAACAGUGUCCUCCCAGUGAAGAUAUCUAUGAAAUAAGAACUGACUAAAGACAACCACAAUGAGCUGUCACUCACAAAGCAUAUGCUCAGCUUCAUAUGCUUAUGGACUAGGUAUAGUAGUAAGAUGACAAAAGAAAAAAAAAACAUACAAAUUUGUGAGUUUGUACAGGACCCUAUAUAAUGUGUAAUGAUUUAAAUUUGUGUGUCACUUUUCCAGUUGAGAUCCACUAGAGGGCGCCAGUGCUUCAGACUUAGUGUCAUUUUUUGUUUGCGGGGUCCCUUAAUUGUUUGUAACUAUCGUAUCAUUAGUUUUGUCAUGUCUGCACAUGUGUUCUCAUUAGUUUAUGUUCUGCACCCGUCAUUUUAGGUAUUUAAAUUCCUUGAUCUCAUUUUUUUCUUGCUUGGUUUUUGUGCUGCUUGUGCUCAUGUUUAGUCUCUUGUUAUUUGGUCCAAGUUUCAAAGUU